AUUUAAGCCCCUCCUCUCCUCCUCCUCCUCUUCUUCACCUAGCUACCUAGCUACCUGUGGUGCUGCUAGUGGGGAGGGAAUCGAUUCGAUUCUGCUAUAUUCUCUCCACGCGCCUGCCUUCCUUUGUUUUCGGAUCGAUUUCAACUGAUUGAAGCAGGAAAUCUGAAGCAUUAAUAAUCCAAGAGGAAGUCUUGCCCCGCUGCCUUUCCGAUGGAUGUCACCAAGCAGCAGGCCCACGAUGAGGAAGCAGUCUCUAACUAUCCUCCUCCUGCUUCCUCUCCUUGCUCAGACAGGGAGCCGCUACUGCCCAGCAAGAUGGCCGACCACGAAAAGGGAGAGAGGGUCAGCAUUUCCGAGGGCACUGCGCACCAGAUUAGCGCUGAUCCUUGGUAUCAAGUUGGUUUCAUCCUCACAACAGGGAUCAAUAGUGCAUAUGUUCUAGGGUACUCUGGGUCGAUUAUGGUCCCUUUAGGCUGGAUGAGUGGAACAUGCGGCAUGAUCCUGGCUGCUGCAAUUUCUUUGUAUGCAAAUGCUCUGCUUGGCCGUCUCCAUGAAACUGGCGGCAAACGCCAUAUCAGAUACAAAGAUCUUGCUGGACACAUAUAUGGAAGAAAAAUGUAUCUGCUUACAUGGGCUCUACAAUAUACUUAUCUUUUCAUGAUAAACACGGGAUUUAUCAUCUUAGCUGGUCAAGCACUAAAGGCAAUAUAUGUACUCUUUAGAGAUGACGGACUUCUAAAACUUCCCUACUGCAUAGCGUUAUCUGGGUUUGUCUGUGCUCUGUUUGCAUUUGGAACUCCUUAUCUAUCUGCUCUCCGGAUUUGGUUGGGAUUCUCCACUGUUUUCAGUCUCAUAUAUAUUGUGAUAGCAUUUGUGCUGUCGCUUAGAGAUGGUAUAACCGCACCUGUAAAGGAUUAUAGCAUUCCUGCUGGAUCACAGUCAACUAGAUUCUUUGCUACAGUAUGUGCUGUAGCAAAUAUUGUAUUUGUGUACAACACUGGGAUGCUGCCAGAAAUACAAGCAACCAUAAGGCCUCCUGUGGUCAAGAACAUGGACAAGGCUCUCUGGUUCCAGUUCACUAUUGGUUCGUUGCCUAUGUAUGCUGUGACCUUUAUGGGAUAUUGGGCUUAUGGCUCGUCAACGUCAGGUUAUCUACUGAACAGCGUCAAUGGCCCAGCUUGGAUUAAAGUUGUGGCGAAUUUCUCGGCCUUUUUUCAGACUGUCAUAGCAUUACAUAUAUUUGCAAGCCCAAUGUACGAGUGCUUGGACACAAGGUUCGGCAGUGGAAAAGGCGGGCCUUUUGCAAUCCACAAUGUUGCUUCCAGAGUUGCUAUGAGAGGAAGCUACCUGACAGUGACCACGGUGGUGGCUGCGAUGCUCCCGUUCCUCGGCGACUUCAUGAGCCUGGCAGGCGCCUUGAUCACCUUCCCCCUCACGUUCGUUCUCGCAAACCACAUGUACCUGAUGGUGAAGGGGCCCAAACUGUCUGCUUUUCAGAAAGGUUGGCACUGGCUUAACAUUGUUGGUUUCAGCAUGUUGUCUGCCAUGGCUUCAGUUGGUGCGCUUAGGCUUAUAAUGCGUGAUUCCACUACUUACCACUUAUUCGCCGAUAUGUGAGGGCAUUUCGGUCUAGAUUUUCACAUAAUUGUGGGGGACUGUGGGUUAGAUAAGUAGAGCAUUUGAAACCAGAAACUCAAUUGGGCUCUGGGUCCACCUGCUCCUGCUAUCUAGACCAUACAUAGUCGUGAUACGUGACACCUCCUGUAUAUCAAUUCAUUUGUGAAAAAAGCCUGGCCCAGGUCAAUUCAGUGCUA